UCUGCUUACAUGUGUAUAUAAUUUAAAUGUUGUGUUCAACUUAUUGAAUUACCCAGUAAAAUUCCAACUACACGAGACUUAAAAUUGCGCACAGCCAACUUAACGUGAGUCACAAAUUGCGUGCGGCCAACUUCAAGUGGCUUAAAUGUGCGGAACAUUGUGCUUCUGUAUUAGUGCAACGGCUGUAGCUGUGUGCGAGAGUGAGCAGUGGCAAAUUCACCACACAUCCGACAGAUACAAAAACACACAUAUGCAUACUCUCUCAAAACGCAAGAAACUUUCGUAGUGAACGGACGUGGUUUUUCGGUUUCUACACGAACAUUUUUUGUUGUGAACGCGGGCGUUACCAACAAAUAAAUGCAAUAAACGUAGACAAACGACAAUUGCUUUCACGGCGUCCGCGUUUCCAUGCUGUUUUGACAUUUCGUUUUAUAAAUAUUUCUUAGUUUUCAUAAUCGAGUAUUGUACAAGUAAAAAGUGAAGUGAAAUGUAAAGCGUUUAGUGACAAACAAACGCAAUUUCGACGCCGUCAACGUUCAUAAAUGUAAGCCGUAGCGAGAAUUAAAUGAUGUGGAGGAAUAACGGCACCCGAAAAGUGCGAUGUAAAAAAAUUAACGAUAAACAACAAUUUAGCUGUACGCAACGUGAAUGCAGCAUUGAAUAACGGUUAUAACGCAACUAACCGAAUGUAAAACUUUCUGUGGAUGUGAAUCAAGCAAACCCGAUAUGUUUGCCAAUGAGUACGAUAUAUAAUAUUGCUUAUCAAUUCCAACAUGAAUCUUUAAAUAGUUGUGAUUGAACCCCGCAUACAUAUCAAAAAUUGCAAUACAUCAACAUAUCACAACAUAAGAUUGAUAUAUUUUACACAAAAAGGAUAAUGAGGAUGUCAUGGAUGAACCCUACCAAUAAAAGUUCAUAUCAAAGCAAUUGAAUCAAGGUCAUAUCACGGCUUAAAGCCUUAUAAGCGAUACAGAGGAACUCGAGACUACAGCGAUACCCUAGUCAACGUCUAAUAAAUAUAUGUAUAUACAUUUAUGUACAUAUAUGUUUGUACUAACUCUAUAGUUAGUCUAAUUAGAAAGAAGUAACAGUAACAUAAACCACUCCUAACCCACCGUACAUAUCACAAACCAAUCCAAACCUCCACUAGCCGGGCCUUAUGAGUGCGUUCUAAUAAAGUUGAUUAACUUAAAUAAUGCACAUUCGAUAAGAUCGAUGUUACCAAAAAAAUUGAUGUCUCUCCAUGAUAUUCCCAAGCGAAAAGAAAAAAGAACUAUGGCGUUAUGCGUCAAGAAACAAUCCGGCUACGUGCGAUGCGGAUGGGACACCGAUACCCACGCAGCAACUACAGCCGCUUCACCCUCCACAUCAACGCCACCUUCAAACAUGCGCCAGCUGCUGCUGCUGUGCGGAUCAGUCUUCGGUGAUGCGGCAGCUGAACAGCCCCCCGCCACCAUACUGUUCAAUACCCUGCUCCAUAGACUGCUCAGGCUCUUAUCAUCUCAUCCACUGUCACCAGCAUCCAACACUGGACCAGCAGCCACCUUCGUACCGCACAGAUGGGGAAGCAGACAUGUCCGUGUCCGCCUCGGCGACAGAGGAAUCGGACUAUUCCUUUAUCAAAGAUGGAUACAGCUACGCAAGCUCUGGCGAAGAUAUGUUGAGCGACGAAAACGGACCUUGUGGGGUGCUGGUGCCUCCGUGUUCCAAUGCACACCCAUCGACUCCCGCGGCGACCUUUGCGAUGACAGCGGCGAACAUGUUUCGCAACUGCUGCGGGGGCGGCGACGCGACAGAAUCCAGCAGUGGAUUCUUUUCGAAAACGACCCCGCCCGACAACAGAUGCCACUUCCUGAGCCGUCAGCACACAUCCACUCCCACCUGCCCAAUGCUACCCCACUCAACAGCGUUGUCCGCAGGUGGAGCAGUAAUGACUGCAACUUUUCGCCACCGUACACCGAAUCAGAUCUUCAAUGCGCUGCUGAAAAAGCUCAAGAACAAGCAGAUAGCCGAGCUACUUCAGGCAGUAAAAAGUCGCGUGGACCCACCUCACAAGCGCGACUCGCUUGCGGCCAACCGGGCUCUCAUAUCCACCUCCCCGAGCUACUUGCAGUGCAUUCUGAUCAAGUGCACUUCGCCCAUGGACGAGCUGCAGCACGUAACCACGUGCCAGCUUUUUUUUUGGUCCGACCUCAGGGAUGCCAAAGAGCUAAGGCGCCUGCCCACUUGCCCCAGUGCGCUGGAUUCCGUCUACAUCUGCUGCAACCCACUGCACUGGUAUCGCAUACACCUCCCAAUCGAUACAGAAUCCGCACUCCCGCCGUAUCAUCGAUCAAAAAUGUUGAGACUAAGAGAUAAAGAUACUGAGGAAAGCUCUCAAAACAACGAAAGGCUGUCAGUGGCAGCGUGGGGCGUGCAGGGCAACAAUAACACCAAACAAAUGGAAUCGCAGUUGUAUGUCCCGAGAAUCGAGUCUUUUACCACAGAUGGAAAAGAUCGAAACGCCACCAACUGGGUAUGGUGUCAGAUUGCCUAUUGGGAACUGGCCCAGCGCGUUGGUGAUCUGUUUCACGCCAGGAAGUCAGCAGUCAAUAUAUACGCUGAUGGACCAGUCGACUGCGCCGGAGAGAGCAUGUGUUUGCGUGAAUUGAGUGGGAAGAGGAGACCGCUGGAUACUGUGCAAAGCACGCGUCAAAAGGUUGGUCUAGGCUUAACUCUAAGUCUGGAGUAUGGUGACGUGUGGAUCUAUAAUCGCAGUAAUGUGCCGUUAUUCGUGGACUCGCCAACGCUGGCCGAACGCUUGGACCGGGUUUGCAAAGUGAUGCCUGGCUAUUGUCUCAAGGCCUUCGAAACACAAAACAGGGCUCAAUGGCUGGCUGAAAAGCAGUCGCAGCAGACCCAUCUGGGACCCAUCGACCGAUUUAGCAUGAAGAUCAGCUUUGCCAAGGGCUGGGGUAACAUGUACAGGCGGCAGGACGUUAUGGGCUGCCCCUGCUGGCUUGAAGUUCACUUUAACCAUCUGCGGUGACAGUUUCAGCUUCCGGUGGGCACCAAUUGCUUUACGGCAGCGGCAGCGCUAUGUUUAACUGGGAUAGUCUGCACUAAUCCAAUGUGCUGUAGGCCACAUGUGCUCCACCGGUUGCGACAGCUCCUUCAAAUAGUUCAAAAACGGAUUUCGGGACUACGCAGUAAAGCAAGUAUACUGAGACUACAAGCAAUUGUUACAAAGAGUUUUAAAUUGCGCCAACUGGACUAGCAAACAACUAAUAAGUUGGGGCAACAAUGGACUGCAAAUUAUAUACUUUUAAAAGUUUAACUCAAUUAUGGAAAAUGUUUUAAUAAAUGCUAUAUCGAAAUUAACUUAUGGAUAAAGCAUGCGCAGCAACGGAGUUAGAAGUGUUAAAUUCAAAUAGUAAUUGAUUGUUAAACAUAGCUAAAAAUAAAAUCCUGUGAUUCACUGUAUAUGUACAUUUGCAUAUGUAUGAAGUAUGUAUGAAUUACAAUCUAAAAUAUGUAGGAACGUAGCAAACUAUAACUCGUUAAGAGUAACAAUUUCUGAUUUAUGUACAAAUACUUAAUUCAUGUACAUAUGUUAGUAUGCAUAGUCUAUACAUGUCGCUCAUUCACUUGAAGACUGUCAUAAGUCACAAAAUGCGACUAUCAUGUAUAUAUUGUACAAAAUUCUUAUUUAUAUCUUGUAUACUCUUCAAUUGAGAAGAUGUUUAUUUAAAAUGUUUUCUGCAAGGCGGUACUCAAUGGAAAAUAUUUAACGUAUUUUCUGAAAAAUCGUAUAUUUGUUUAAGUUUUGACAGUAGUCAAGUAAAUGAGUGAUAUGUUCUUAACAAUGAAUGAAAGGAAUGAAAUACAGAGGUGCACAUUUCAAUAAUAGCGGAAGAUAUACAUACAGGCAUUUGACCAUCACAAUAGUAAUGGCUUAUGAUGGUUUUCGCAUUCACAUCAUUUUUUUUAGUGGGAACUCAAAAUACAAAUUAUCUUUUUUUUUUAUUUUUUUGAUAAUAUUCUAACGUAACCCUCAGGCAUAAAUAGACUAUUAGCCAUUUAGUAAUUUUUUGAAUCAAAAUAUUUUGCUCAAGCAUUUUUAUGUUGAUGUCUUAAACAAUUGCUUAACUUUCGCUGAAUUUUGUAAAUGUUAUAAUUCGCGUUUUAGUUUUCAUCGAGCCCUUAACACCAUACUCAGUUGCCUUUCAAUGUGACGGAAACGCAAAUUUGAGCACGCGUAAGGCAUUUUAUACUACACAUUCUUAAAAUAAAUUCUUUAUUUGGUUUUUGUCAUGUUCAAUUAAAAUUUCGCCCACUGUAGAUAAUGUUGCGGUCCCAAUUCCCCCACAAAACCAUGAGCCUUCAGUAAGUGUCUGCACAUACAUACAUACAUAUGUAUACAUGUACAUUUUAAUUCCAAAAAUAUAUUAUUGUAAUACCUAUACGCCCUUUUAUGAAAACAUAAGUACAUACGAGUUAAUAGUAAAAAACUAAUUUUAAAAACUGCUUGGACUUCAGUCAUUUUGAAUUUAUCAUAUAUACAUUCAUACAUGCUUAUAUAUGUAUCCUUGUAUAUACUUCAGUAUCUUCGAAAUGAUCAAAUAUUUAAGCAUCGUUAAUAGUUGUAGUUUUACUGUUAUGUUUUAAGAAAUAUUUUGUAAUAAAAUUUCAAUAUAUUUACAGAUUUUGAUUUUUCACUGUCAUCUUUGUAUUUGCUAUCCACUCAAUGUUACUCAAUGCCAUAA